GCAGGACCAGCCGGACAUUAAUUCCUAGAGUGGCAGAGGCCUGUGAAUCGGAGAUUUGCUAGGUCACCUUUCAUACAAUUGCUGUAAGUCCAGUUUCUUGAGCUCCUUCACCGGGUCCUAAACUUAGCACAUGUUCUAGAACUUUGCACGCCACCUGGGAAGGUAGGAGGGCCAAGAAUACUCUCCCUGUGGUACUGCUGGAUACACCAAGGCACAGAGCUCGCAAGUGACUUAAGGCUGGGGACAGAACCGGGAACCAGGUCUCCUCCACAACCCCAAUUCCCAACAACGGCAGGUUCUCGGGGCCUCCCACACUCGGCUUGUCCCCUUCGCCAGGGGUGUUCAGAGGCCCACGGUCCCCCACCCCCAGAUCUCCAAUCUUCAAAGCAAGCAGCCCCAGGACCCCACCCCUCGGGUGGCCUCAAUGGCUCCCAUUGUCCAAGAGGCUAUUUGGCUUGACCCCCAGCCCCAUAAGCGGCAGGGCAGCAGGCGCGGAGAAGAGUCUGCCUGUCCCCCUGCCCGGCCGGCCGCAGUGGGGGAGCCUGUGUGGCAGCGGCCCCGCUGAAUGUGACCUAUUGUCUCCAGGGUGGAUUUAGGAAGUGCCAAGCUCCCAUCAAACAGACCUGCUCCCCAGGUAAAACAAAAAAAGGGCUGUUCAUUUGGGACCUUUUCCCCCUUAUCUCCUUUUCCUAUCUCUUCGGGCUUAGCUACGGUGUAGUGUUCAAAACCACUUCCCCUCCGAGCCAAUCAGAAGCCGGGGCUCACCCCGUGGCCCAGAGGUAAAGUUAUUUAUAAACGCCUCCCUGGAUUAUUUGAGCAGAGCCCUUUCGCACACCUCAGGAACACCUUUCAGCCGCCCGCGCCCCGGACGCACCUGCGGCCCUGCCCGGCGGCCCUGCGCACCCACCGCUUGUAAAUGCCCCAGACAUGAGCCAGCCCAGGCCCCGCUACGUGGUAGACAGAGCCGCGUACUCUCUCACCCUCUUCGACGAUGAGUUUGAGAAGAAGGACCGGACGUACCCGGUGGGAGAGAAACUUCGCAAUGCCUUCAGGUGUUCCUCCGCCAAGGUCAAAGCCUCGGUGUUUGGGCUGCUGCCUGUGCUCUCCUGGCUCCCCAAGUACAAGAUCAAGGACUACAUCGUCCCCGACCUGCUUGGCGGACUCAGCGGGGGAUCCAUCCAGGUCCCACAAGGCAUGGCGUUUGCUCUGCUGGCCAACCUUCCUGCGGUCAAUGGCCUCUACUCCUCCUUCUUCCCCCUCCUGACCUACUUCUUCCUGGGGGGCAUCCACCAGAUGGUACCAGGUACCUUUGCCGUUAUCAGCAUCCUGGUGGGUAACAUCUGUCUGCAGCUGGCCCCAGAGUCGAAAUUCCAGGUCUUCAACAAUGUCACCAACGAGAGCCACGUGGACACGGCAGCCAUGGAGGCAGAGAGGCUGCACGUGUCAGCAACGCUAGCCUGCCUGACUGCCAUCAUCCAGAUGGGCCUGGGCUUCAUGCAAUUUGGCUUUGUGGCCAUCUACCUCUCCGAGUCCUUCAUCCGGGGCUUCAUGACGGCUGCCGGCCUGCAGAUCCUGAUCUCGGUGCUCAAGUACAUCUUCGGCCUGACCGUCCCCUCCUACACAGGCCCGGGGUCCAUCGUCUUCACCUUCAUUGACAUUUGCAAAAACCUCCCCCACACCAACAUCGCCUCGCUCAUCUUCGCCCUCAUCAGCGGCGCCGUGCUGGUGGUGGUGAAGGAGCUCAACGCCCGCUACAUGCACAGGAUCCGCUUCCCCAUCCCGACGGAGAUGAUCGUGGUGGUGGUGGCAACAGCUAUCUCUGGGGGCUGCAAGCUGCCCAAAAAGUAUCACAUGCAGAUCGUGGGAGAGAUCCAACAUGGGUUCCCCACUCCGGUGUCGCCUGUGGUCUCACAGUGGAAGGACAUGGUUGGCACAGCCUUCUCUCUGGCCAUCGUGGGCUAUGUCAUCAACCUGGCUGUGGGCCGGACGCUGGCCAGCAAGCACGGCUAUGACGUGGACUCCAACCAGGAGAUGAUCGCCCUGGGCUGCAGCAACUUCUUUGGCUCCUUCUUUAAAAUUCAUGUCAUUUGCUGUGCUCUCUCUGUCACUCUGGCUGUGGAUGGAGCUGGAGGGAAAUCCCAGGUGGCAAGCCUGUGCGUGUCUCUGGUGGUGAUGAUCACCAUGCUGGUCCUGGGAACCUAUCUGUACCCUCUGCCCAAGUCUGUGCUGGGAGCCCUGAUAGCUGUCAACCUCAAGAAUUCCCUCAAGCAACUCGCCGACCCCUACUACCUGUGGAGGAAGAGCAAGCUGGACUGCUGCGUGUGGGUGGUGAGCUUCCUCUCCUCCUUCUUCCUGAGCCUGCCGUAUGGUGUGGCAGUGGGUGUCGCCUUCUCCGUCCUGGUUGUGGUCUUCCAGACCCAGUUUCGAAACGGCUACGCUCUGGCCCGGGUCGCAGACACUGACAUUUAUGUGAAUCCUAAGACCUACAACAGGGUCCAGGAAAUUCAAGGGAUAAAGAUUGUCACUUACUGCUCCCCUCUCUACUUCGCCAACUCAGAGAUCUUCAGGCAAAAGGUCAUUGCCAAGACGGGCACGGACCCCCAGAAAGUAUUACUGGCCAAGCAAAAAUACCUCAAGAAGCAGGAGAAGAGGAGAGCGAUGCCCACCCAACAGAGGAAGUCUCUAUUCAUGAAGACCAAGACUGUCUCCCUGCAGGAGCUCCAGCAGGACUUUGAGAACCCCUCCCCGACCGACCCCAACAACAACCAGACGCCCGCUAACGGUGCCAGCAUGUCCUACAUCUCCUUAAGCCCCGACACCUCCUCAGCUGCCCCAUGUGAGCCACCGGCCUCUGCUGAGCCCCCCGGUGAACCCAGUGACACGCUGGCCACUGUCCCGCCCUUCGUCACCUUCCACACCCUCAUCCUGGACAUGAGUGGUGUCAGCUUUGUGGACCUAAUGGGCAUCAAAGCCCUGGCCAAGCUGAGCUCCACCUACGGGAAGAUCGGCGUGAAGGUCUUCUUGGUGAACAUCCACGCCCAGGUGUACAAUGACAUCAGCCACGGAGGUGUCUUCGAGGACGGGAGUCUAGAGUGCGGCCACGUCUUUCCCAGCAUCCACGACGCUGUCCUCUUUGCCCAGGCAAAUGCCGGAGAAGUGGCCCCCGGACGCACCUUCCAAGGGGCUCCAGGGGACCCUGAGCCCUCCUUGUACGAUUCAGAGGAGGACAGCCCCAGCUACUGGGACCUGGAGCAGGAGAUGUUCGGGAGCAUGUUUCACGCAGAGACGCUGACCGCCCUGUGAGGCCAGUGGGUGCUCGUGCUGCCUCCAGAGUGCCUGGCCCUUGGGACUUCCAUGAAGGAUGAGCCCGGGAUGGCAGGGAGUGCCGGGAGAGUGCGUCCGCCAGGGCUCCAGCCCCUGUCUCCACGCUCCCUCCUCUCCCCUUCCCCUCUCUCCCUCCCUGCAUCUCCAGAGAGAGCUUCUCAGCAGCAGGGAAAGCAUACUCUUCUUACAGGAGUGAGAGUCUGACAACCUGCCCUUCACCCUUCCUCUGACCCUCAGGCCCCAGCCGGCAAGGAGCAAGCCUCCAGUCUCCCCCCCACACCCCAUCCCCCGCCCAUGCUCUGCCGUGGCAGCUGAUGGACACCUGGGCUUCCUGACUUACAGAGUGAGUCAAGAACAGAAGGGCACACACAACUGUGCCGACCUGGUGUGCAAGCUUCAAAAGGUGUCCUAGAGCCUGCAUGGCUUGGUGUCAGAUGGAGUCAGGCUGUCACAGGACACAGGGACGAACUUGGUUGGGACUCUCUGGCUUGCCUGGUCCGGCUGCCCCGCCUCCGUCACUGGCAGCCUCUCCACACCCAGGAGUCCCUGUCUUGGUGACCGACUGCCCUUCCUCCUCAUCCCAAGGCUGCCGAGGCCUCCACUACUGUCCAGUCCGUCAGGCUCUAGCCUGCGCAGUGACCGGGACCCUCAAGUCCAGCGGAACUACCUCCCCCGGGGACAGCCCACCAAGAGACUGCCUCUGCCUCCAGAAACAGCACGCCCCCUGCCCUGGGGGGCUGCUCCCUUUCACUUGAGGCUGGGUAGGAACCCAAAAGGGGGGGGUGGGUAGCUGGCAGAAUCCUCUGGCAACCUAGCAAUAGAUACCAAUUAUUCUGCACAAAUGCUUUUGGGAAUCCCUGUCUGUACUGGAGACAUGGAGGGGAGGAGGUGCUAGUGCCAAGCCAAGGUGGACUGGUGGGACCUGGGCCCCAUCAGGGAAAUACCUCCCCUCGGGACAUCUGCCUUGUCCUUCUUUACUUGGCAAAGAGCCAAUCAUUUUAACUCUCCCUUAUCAGCUUGUGGCCCAGAGCCAUGAUGGGGGCCUCCUGCCAGGCAAGGGAAACGUCCUCCAGGGGCCGGCCGCAGCCCCUAGCCGGGUACAGAUGUGCACAAAGGCUGGUCCAGACUAGAUCUUCUUCCACAGGGACCUCCCCCCCCAACAACCUUAGGACCUGAGGCUAUCUUCUUCUUAGAAAGAUGAAAAUCGGGGUUAAGUUCUCCAUAUAUGUAGGGGUUAUCUAGAGGAAUCCUGCCAUUGACUUGAAAAUAAAUAGGUUCCAUGUGCACAUGUUUUGCAAAAGUUCCACAGAAGUGCACAGCAAAUCUUCUGGCCUCUCCUUCCAAGCUUCUUCAACGUAAUGACCCUGCCCUACAAGGCUGGGCUGGCCCGGCCUGGGAAAAUGUCCCAGUGUCUAACUUCAGCCUGACCUGCAUCGUCUGUCUGCGUGUUGAGUGAGCUGGUCAGCUAGCGAGGCUGCUUAGAGUUAAAGGAGGGAGUGCCGGCGACCAGCCAGCACAUUCUUGGCCCAUGAGCAUUGCUUUUUUGUGAAUUCAUUAUGCCAUCGGGCUGCCAAUGGAACUCAAAACUUGGAAGGCAGAAAACAAUGUUAUCUGGGAUUCACUGUGCCCAGCACCCAAAGUGCCAAAUUCCAAGAGGACAAGAGCCUCAGCCAAUGACAACUCACCCUCCCCUACUCCACCUCCUCCAAAGUCCAGCUCAGGCCCAGGAGGCAGUGAAGGUCACAGAGCCUCAGGACAGGCUAAGUCAGAAACCCUUUUGAACCAAGGGUCUAGAUCCCCUGAGGACUUGACAAAGUGACCAUUAGUGCCCAGGCCAGCCCCGGAACUGAAGGGGAUUGCUGACUCGCAGUGGCCUGGAGUUGGGGCUCAAGGAGGGAUCUGCAACUAAGUACUCAGAGAGCCCACGUGGGGGUAUCACUGGAAACACGUGGGGCAGAGGGACGACAUGGAAGAAAACUUCUCGGUUGGAAUAUUUUGGAAAGAACACAAAUUCACACCGACUGCUCUUCUGGACAGGACUGAGGCAGGGGAAGGGGGCAAGUUAGUGAAAUAAUCCAGAAUUUCAAUACUUUUGAAUGUGCUUAGUGCUACCGACUUGAGAUGAUACGAUUCCCAGGGAGGACCGGGAACCUUAUCUCUUGAGAUGUUUGUGUAACUUAUUUAAUUUAAAUGCCAUUCUCCUUUUGUUCAUUUUGGUAAUAAAGUGGAUUGAAAUGUGAACAAAUGCACGUGUUUGGGUGGCUUUACAGACGGACAAAACCAGUCACCUCCAAGGAUGGCUGGCCGUGCUCUGCACCCCCUGAGCGGAGGGGCAGCAAGCACCGAGACUUCCCCAGGAGUCUCCCAGCUCCUCUCCAUGUUCCGAUUUUCCACUCCUGGGAAUGAAUGAACUUCCAUGAGCCAGCUGAAGGAGCCACACACUCAGGACAAGUUCCCAGAGCCAGCUCUGGGAUUUUGUGGCUAUAAGGGAAGUCGAAAUCCCAAGUCAUCCCUUCUGCAUGCCCACCGCUAACUGAUUCUUUCACAUUCGUGAGAUGUCUAUGAAGGGCCAACCCCGCCAAUACUCAGCAAAGCCUUGAGAUCCUGAGUUUGGGGGAGCACAUAAUCUAAUCCUACCCUCCUCUCCCCUGUUUGAGAGACAAUGUAAGAAGGGUAAGGUCUCAAGUGUCCCACAAGCUAGGGUGCCUCCCAACUUUGCAUACCACAGCAGGACACAGAAGGACAUGAGAGGAAAACAAAGAGGAAAGGCGUGAAGGAGACAGAAACAGGAUGAAGCGGGGAGAGAUGAAGGACCAGAGGGAAGAGAAAGCAAAGAGGGAAGGGAGAUGAAUGGUCAGCAGGACAGAGAUGCGUGGGCACAAAGAAAUGGAAAGAACUAGAAGAGAAAGAGACAGAUCGGGGAGGAGGAUUGGUCUCAGACGCAUAGAAGUCUGUGAGUUCCAAAAUAUUUAUUUAAGAAAUAAUAAUCUUGCUAUAUCCUGCUAUUCAGCUAGGCUGGGAGAUUUGGGUAAAUUAGCAAUUAGCAUCCUUCCACAUGACUUUUAGAUUUUUUUUUUAAUGAUGAUAUCUUAGCCUGGAUUCCCCCUAGAACAGAACCUGACACCAAAGCCUGUGCACAGGCUAUUUGGGCAUGACUUCAGGGAACAGGAGUGACGGAAAGGAGUGAAACAGGGAGGCAGGGAAAGCCAACACAAG